CACCACAGCUCUCCUUUGGGUCGGAGAAGGCGCCAGCCAAAGGAGGCGGGGUUGCAGGAGGAAGGUCCGCUGUGCGUAAUCCAGUCCGGGACUUGGCUCCGCCCGGGAGCGGCGGCCUCUCUGGUGACAGAGGAGUAGUGAGCCGCACGGGGUGAGGCUGCAGCCAACUCCUCUCUCUGCGCACUCGGCUGCCCAGGCGCUCGGGACGCAGUAGCGGCGCUUCUCCCCGGGGCCGACCGCCCGCGAUGCCCGCUUAGGAGCGGUGGCAGCGGCCAGCGUCGUCACACCCGCGGCACAGCGCUCCCGGUCGCAGAGCGGGGAUAGUGGGUGCACCCCAGCCCCAGCCCCCACCCCGCCCCCCCACCCAGAAAUGACUUGUUAAUCGGCGCAGACACCACCGAAAGGGCUCACUGGAGUGGAAUUCAAGUGGCAUUUGGAUUUGGAAAAGAGUUUCUUGAACAUUUACUCCUACCUUGUUGGUUUUUUCUUUCUUUUUUCCUCUCCCCUUCUCGCCUGUUAUUGGAGAUGAAUACAGAGCGUUUGCAUCCCAGAAAGUAGUCGCCGCGACUGUUAUCCCCAAAGAGACAAGCACACAUGUAGGAAUGACAAAGGCUUGCGAAGGAGAGCGCAGCUUGCGGCCCGAAGAGAUCCCCUCGAUAAUGGAUUACUAAAUGGGAUACACGCCGUACCAGCCUGCUCCGAGCCCCGGCCGCCUACCCGUCGAUGCACCGAAAAGGGUGAAGUAGAGAAAUAAAGUCUCCCCGCUGAACUACUAUGAGGUCAGAAGCCUUGCUGCUAUAUUUCACACUGCUACACUUCGCUGGGGCUGGUUUCCCAGAAGAUUCUGAGCCAAUCAGUAUUUCGCAUGGCAACUAUACAAAACAGUAUCCGGUGUUUGUGGGCCACAAGCCGGCACGGAAUACCACACAGAGGCACAGACUGGACAUUCAGAUGAUUACGGUCAUGAACAGAACCCUCUACGUCGCUGCCAGGGACCAUAUUUAUACCAUUGAUAUAGAAACAUCACAUACAGAAGAAAUUUACUGUACCAAAAAACUGACAUGGAAAUCUAGACAGGCUGAUGUAGACACAUGCAGAAUGAAGGGAAAACAUAAGGAGGAGUGUCACAACUUUAUUAAAGUUCUUCUAAAGAAAAACAAUGAUACUUUGUUUGUCUGUGGAACUAAUGCCUUCAACCCUUCCUGCAGAAACUAUAAGAUGGAUACUUUGGAACCUUUGGGGGAUGAAUUUAGUGGAAUGGCCAGAUGCCCUUAUGAUGCCAAACAUGCCAACAUUGCACUGUUUGCAGAUGGAAAACUAUACUCGGCCACAGUGACUGACUUCCUUGCCAUCGACGCAGUUAUUUACCGGAGCCUUGGAGACAGCCCAACCCUACGGACCGUCAAGCACGAUUCGAAAUGGUUGAAAGAACCAUACUUUGUCCAAGCAGUGGACUAUGGAGACUAUAUCUACUUCUUCUUCAGGGAAAUAGCCGUGGAGUACAACACCAUGGGAAAGGUAGUUUUCCCCAGAGUGGCUCAGGUUUGUAAGAAUGACAUGGGAGGUUCUCAAAGAGUCCUGGAGAAACAGUGGACAUCUUUCCUUAAGGCGCGCCUGAACUGCUCAGUUCCCGGGGACUCUCAUUUUUAUUUCAACAUCCUCCAGGCGGUUACAGACGUGAUUCAUAUUAAUGGUCGUGAUGUUGUGCUAGCAACCUUCUCCACACCUUAUAACAGCAUCCCUGGAUCUGCAGUUUGUGCCUAUGACAUGCGCGACAUUGCCAAUGUUUUUACUGGGAGAUUCAAAGAACAGAAGUCUCCGGAUUCUACUUGGACACCAGUUCCUGAUGAACGAGUGCCUAAGCCCAGGCCAGGUUGCUGUGCUGGCUCAUCCUCCUUAGAAAAAUAUACAACCUCCAAUGAGUUUCCUGACGAUACCCUGAGCUUCAUCAAAACCCACCCGCUCAUGGAUGAGGCCGUGCCUUCUAUCAUCAACAGGCCGUGGUUCCUGAGGACGAUGGUCAGAUACCAUCUGACCAAAAUUGCGGUGGACACUGCUGCUGGGCCGUAUCAGAAUUACACUGUGGUCUUCCUGGGAUCAGAGAAGGGAAUCAUCUUGAAGUUCUUGGCCAGGAUAGGAAACAGUGGUUUCCUAAAUGACAGCCUUUUCCUGGAGGAGAUGAGCGUUUACAACCCUGAAAAAUGCAGCUAUGAUGGGAUAGAAGACAAGAGGAUUAUGGGAAUGCAACUGGACAAAGCAAGCAACUCUCUGUAUGUUGCAUUCUCCACCUGUGUGAUAAAGGUUCCCCUUGGCCGGUGUGAACGACACGGGAAGUGUAAAAAAACCUGCAUCGCCUCCAGAGACCCAUACUGCGGAUGGCUAAAGGAAGCAGGUUCCUGUGCCCAUGUGUCCCCCAGCAGCAGCCUGACUUUUGAACAGGACAUAGAGCAUGGCAAUACAGAUGGUCUCGGAGACUGUCACAAUUCCUUUGUGGCACUGAAUGACAUUUCAACUCCUCUACCAGAUCAUGAAAUGUCUUACGACACAGUAUAUGGGCACUCCAGCUCCCUCUUGCCCAGCACCACCACGUCAGAUUCGGCGGCUCGAGAGGGGUAUGAGUCUAGGGGAGGAAUGCUGGACUGGAAGGAUUUGCUCGAUUCACCUGACAGCACAGACUCUUUGGGGGCAGUGUCUUCCCAUAAUCACCAAGACAAGAAGGGAGUGAUUCGCGAAAGUUACCUCAAAGGCCAUGACCAGCUCGUUCCUGUCACCCUCUUGGCCAUCGCGGUCAUUCUGGCCUUUGUCAUGGGGGCCGUCUUCUCCGGCAUCAUCGUGUACUGCGUCUGCGAUCACCGGCGCAAAGACGUGUCCGCGGUGCAGCGCAAGGAGAAGGAGCUCACCCACUCGCGCCGCGGCUCCAUGAGCAGUGUCACCAAGCUCAGCGGCCUCUUCGGUGACACCCAGUCCAAAGACCCCAAGCCAGAGGCCAUCCUCACACCACUCAUGCACAACGGCAAGCUCGCCACUCCCAGCAACACGGCCAAGAUGCUCAUUAAGGCCGACCAGCACCACCUGGACCUGGCAGCCUUGCCCACCCCAGAAUCCACGCCAACGCUGCAGCAGAAGCGGAAGCCCAGCCGCGGCAGCCGCGAGUGGGAAAGGAACCAGAACCUCAUCAACGCCUGCACGAAGGACAUGCCCCCCAUGGGCUCCGCGGUGAUUCCCACGGACCUGCCCCUGCGGGCCUCCCCCAGCCACAUCCCCAGCGUGGUGGUCCUGCCCAUCACGCAGCAGGGCUACCAGCACGAGUACGUGGACCAGCCCAAAAUGAGCGAGGUGGCCCAGAUGGCGCUGGAGGACCAGGCAGCCACCCUGGAGUAUAAGACCAUCAAGGAACAUCUCAGCAAGAGUCCCAACCAUGGGGUGAACAUGGUGGAGAACCUGGACGGCCUGCCGCCCAAAGUCCCGCAGCGGGAGGCCUCCCUGGGCCCCCCGGGAGCCUCCCUGUCUCAGAGCGGCCUCAGCAAGCGGCUGGAAAUGCACCACUCCUCCUCCUAUGGGCUUGACUAUAAGAGGAGCUACCCCACGAACUCGCUCACGAGAAGCCACCAGGCCACCACUCUCAAAAGAAACAAUACUAACUCCUCCAAUUCCUCCCACCUCUCCAGAAACCAGAGCUUUGGCCGGGGAGACAACCCGCCGCCCGCCCCGCAGAGGGUGGACUCCAUCCAGGUGCACAGCUCCCAGCCGUCGGGCCAGGCCGUAACUGUCUCGAGGCAGCCGAGCCUCAACACCUACAACUCACUGACCAGGUCGGGGCUGAAGCGCACGCCCUCGCUAAAGCCGGACGUACCCCCCAAACCUACCUUCGCCCCCCUUUCCACAUCCAUGAAGCCCAAUGAUGCGUGUACAUAAUCCCAGGGGGAGGGGUCAGGUGUCGAACCAGCAGGAAAGGCGAGGCGCCCGCUCCGCUCCGCACGGUUCUCGGCGGCCUGAGCACCCACCAGACCAAGAUGGCCGCGGCAGAGCCGAGGACGCCGCGUCCUCCUCUGGACCCCGGGCUACUCCCGAAAAGUGGGCCACGUGGUUUGGUGAAGGUUUGCGACGCGGGACUCACCUCCAUUCUCUUCCUUCACUCUUCCCCCCCACACCCUGCAACAGGUCGGACUCACGAAAGACUGAAAUGAUCACAAAUAUGAGCCAAAAGCACAUAGCCACUCACCCCUGACACACACACGCACACACACGUGCGCAUAUGCGCGCGGACGCCCAUGCGCGCACUCACACACAGACACGCACGUGCGCAUGCGUGCGCGGACGCCCAUGCGCGCACUCACACACAGACACGCACGUGCGCAUGCGUGCGCGGACGCCCAUGCGCGCACUCACACACACACAUACAGAGGUGAACAGCAACUGCAGCUUUUUGUCCGUUACUGCACGGGGCUCUGCCAAACGGGGCUAGCGUUCCCCCUUGCGAAACACAAAUACGUUUUUAAAAAUCAUGAAAGUUAAAAUGACAAAAAAUAAAGAAUCCAUUGAUAAUUCUAACUCAGACUUUAACAAUGGCAGAAGUUUACUAUGCGCAGAUACUGUGAAAUGCCCACCAGUGUUACAGCUUUCUGUUAUAGCAGAUUAAUGCCAUGUUGGGCGACUAUGUCAUAGAUUUCUGCUCCUCUCUUUUAAUGAAAUAACGUGACCGUUAACGCAAGUAACUUUAUUUAUUGUUCACCUUUUUUUUCCUUAAGGAAAGGACUCUUCCACAUAUUGCCCUAUGAACAGCUCUUCAUAAAGCCCCUUGAACUUAAACUAUUUAACGUGAAAUCCAUUAACUGGAAUAAUUAAGUUUCUUUAUUUUUACAAUAAAUUCACUGAGUAAAUAAGUUGGAGCUGGAAUUCUGACCUUUGUGUUUGGACUGUCUGAUCUCAAGCUAAAAGGAAAAAGAGGGGUAUAUUUAUUUAAAUCUACCAGUCAAUUUGCUGGUGAGGUCUCUGUUCUAUGACACGCAAAAAAUUAGUUAGAAGUCCUUCCAGAUCCUAACUUCUAAAGCAACCAGGAGAGGAACUUUUAGAAUGGCACAUCCAUGCCCCAUUGCUGCCAACACGGCUUUGUCAGUGGUUCCUACUUUCUGUGAAGACACCAGCUUGUGAUAUGCCAUCUCAUUUCACCUUGCAUGUGAGACAGCAAACAAAAUCCACAAACGGUGUGAACUAAUUAAUACGCUGGCUGCUAUCUUGCAUAAAUUAAUGGUUUGAUCACACGGGUUUUUCGUGGGGUUACAUCUGUGAAUAGCCUAUUUUCCACGUGUAAAUUUGUGCCUUACACCCUGAGUUGUGUACACUUGUAAACUGUCGUUAUGAUAAACCUUUUCCCCCUUUUGAAA